CAGGUUAAAUCUCAAGAAGUGCAAGCCAGAUGUAGAGGACUCUUGGCAUGGAGAAGCAAGCCCACACCACAGCAGGAGCUUCCCCUUGUGAGGCUGAGCUUCAGGAACUGAUGGAACAAAUCGACAUCAUGGUAAGCAACAAGAAGCUGGACUGGGAGAGAAAGAUGCGCGCUUUAGAGACACGGUUGGACCUUCGGGAUCAAGAGUUGGCCAAUGCCCAGACUUGCUUGGACCAGAAAGGCCAGGAGGUGGGGUUACUUCGACAGAAGUUGGACAGUCUAGAAAAAUGUAACUUCGUAAUGACUCAGAACUAUGAAGGACAGUUACAAAGUCUAAAAGCUCAAUUUUCUAAACUAACCAAUAACUUUGAGAAGCUGAGGUUACACCAGAUGAAACAAAACCAAAUUCACCGAAAGGAAGCCCCCAACAAAGAAGACAUACCCUUUGAACUGAGCAGUUUGAACCAGAAACUAGAGGAAUUUAGAGCAAAGUCGAGGGAAUGGGACAAACAAGAAAUUCUCUAUCAGACUCACCUGGUGUCUUUGGAUGCUCAACAAAAGUUGCUGUCUGAAAAAUGUAAUCAAUUUCAGAAACAGGCACAGAAUUACCAAGCUCAGCUGAACGGGAAGAAGCCGUGCAUGGAGGACAGCAGCCCUGAGCCCCCUCGCCUAGUGUGCGAGUCGGACCCUGGCUGCGGGGCCAGCCACCGGGAUGAGUUCAUCAUUGAGAAGUUGAAGUCGGCCGUGAGCGAGAUAGCCCUGAGCAGGAACAAGUUGCAGGACGAAAACCAGAAGCUCCUGCAGGAGCUGAAGAUGUGCCAGAGGCAGUGCCAGGCCAUGGAAGCAGGACUGUCAGAGGUGAAGAAUGAGUUACAGUCACGGGACGAUCUCCUGAGGAUUAUAGAAAUGGAGCGACUGCACUUGCAUAGGGAGCUGUUGAAAAUGGGAGAAUGCCAAACUGCUCAAGACAACAGGAAAAGACUUGAAUCUUCAUUUGCCCCUUCUACUAUGAAAGAACCAGAAAGGAAAAGGAAAGAAUUGUUUUCAGGGGUCUCGGACCAAGCAAAUCACGAGAAAGAAUUAAAUAAGAUGAGGAGCCAGCUGUACCAGGAGGAAGAGCAGCGAUGCUCCGAGCAGGAGCGGAUGAGGAAUGAGAUCUCCGACCUCACCCAGGAACUUCACCAGAAGGAGAUCACUAUAGCAACUAUCAUGAGGAAAGCUGCCCUUCUGGAAAGACAGCUAAAGAUAGAAUUAGAAAUAAAAGAAAAGAUGCUAGCAAAGCAACAGGUCUCUGAUAUGAGAUACAAAGCUGUCAGAACAGAAAACACACACCUGAAAGGAAUGAUGGGCGAUUUAGAUCCUGCACGGUACUUGGAUGUGGACGUCGCUAACAAGGAUCAUUUGCGGCACACAUCCAUUAACAAACUUGAAUACGAGAACGAAAGGCUCCGAAGUGAUCUGGCAAAGCUCCAUGUCAAUGGGAAAGCAGUGUGGCCCCAUCAGGGCGGCUAUGAUGAAGCAGGAACAUGUGCCUACCAGAGCCAGCUGAAAACGGAGACCCGUGGAGACAGAAUUAGCCAAGACUGUGAGCUGAACAGAAGCCCAACACCACCCUUGGCACCUUUGCCAUUUCAAACCAAAGAAAUGACAAGUCCCUUGGUUAGUGACGAUGAAGUGUUCCCUCUGUCUCCACCGGACAUGUCCUUCCCGGCCUCCCUAGCCACGCAGCACUUCCUGAUGGAAGAAGAGAGGCGGGCUAAGGAGCUCGAGAAGCUGCUCAACGCACACAUCGACGAGCUGCAGAGACACACCGAGUUCACGCUUAACAAAUACAGCAAGCUCAAGCAGAACAGACACAUAUGAGCCUUGCACCUUUUCUGUUUGCUUCCUCUCCAUGAGAAAGAAAGAAAGAAGAAGAAAAAAGAAGCUCUGGCAAAGCACUUGCAAAGAGAACUUAGGAAACGGAAAGAACUGCUUUAGUCUGCACCAGUAAAUCACUCCCGUAAGGCAGCUAGAAAAUAGGAUUGUGUUCCAUGAAGCUGCUUCUGUUUCUGCGUUUCACAUUCUAAUUGUUCUGUUAGGAUAGAGUAAACAUGGCUGGCCGCCCCCACCCCCACCCCCCCAAGGGUUUCUUUCCUGUCUAAGGGAUGGUUUGGGAUUAAAAAUGAAUUAUUUCUGAUUUUAAUCAUGUAUGCUAAGGUCCCAUUUCCUGUGUAACGGGCAGCGAGAAAGAGACGUGCUCACCUCCAAAAUGUAAGGAAACUGAGUGUAGCCUCUCGGUGCUGGGCACAAAAUCUCAACAACUUCUAAAAGCGAAAGAUGCCAAAAUAGACACACAGGACUAUGUAAACACCCCCAGAUUUGUUUAAAAAGCAAAAGG